GAUGCUUGACGUGUGUUGAUCCCGUAGGAGAUGGACAUUGAUGAAAUCCUGAAGAGAGCCGAGACCAGAGAGAACGACCCUGGGCCGUCGACUGUAGGAGAAGAGCUCCUCUCACAGUUCAAGGUGGCAAACUUCUCCAUGAUGGAGGAGGAGGAGAUCGACAUGGACACGGAGAGGAACGUUAAGAACUGGGAUGACAUCAUCCCAGAGGAGCAGCGGAGGAGACUUGAGGAAGAGGAGAGACAGAAAGAGCUCGCGGAGAUCUAUUUACUGCCCCGCAUGAGGAAAUGUGCUAAACAGGCCAACUUUAAUGGCAACGAGGGCAGACGCAGCCGGAACAGGCGAUACUCGGGUUCAGACAGCGACUCGGUCUCCGACAGGAAGAGGCCCAAGAAACGAGGAAGACCUCGAACCAUUCCAAGAGAGAACAUUAAAGGUUUCACUGAUGCUGAGAUACGCAGAUUUAUCAAAAGUUACAAAAAAUUUGGUGGGCCUUUAGAAAGGCUGGAUGCCAUCGCUCGGGAUGCGGAGUUGGUGGAUAAAUCUGAGAAUGACCUGCGGCGGCUGGCAGAGACCGUACACAACGGCUGUAUGAGAACGCUACGGGAGAACCCCUGUGGACCUGAACGAACCUCAGGAGGCAGGCGAGGGAAGGUGAAGGGACCCACCUUCAGGAUCUCAGGGGUUCAAGUCAAUGCUAAACUGGUGAUCUCUCAUGAGGAGGAGCUGGCACCAUUACACAAGGCCAUUCCUUCUGACCCAGAGGAGAGGAAGAGGUAUAUAAUCCCAUGCCACUCAAAGGCAGCUCAUUUUGACAUUGAGUGGGGUAAAGAGGACGACUCCAGUCUGCUUAUUGGGAUCUAUGAGUACGGAUAUGGCAGCUGGGAGAUGAUCAAGAUGGACCCAGACCUCAACCUCACGCAUAAGCUCCUUCCAGAUGAUCCUGACAAGAAGCCACAGGCCAAACAGCUGCAGACACGAGCUGACUACCUCAUCAAAUUACUGAGCAAAGACCUCGCCAAGAAGGAAGCGCAGAAACAGGCCGGCACUGCAAAUUCACGCAAGAGAAAACCACGGGGCAAGAAGAAUAAAGCUGUAAAACCGAAGAUGGAUGAUGUGACGAACAGUCUGUCCUCUGCGCCGCCGUCGGAUAAGAGCUCUGAAGAAGAGGAUGAGAAGGAGGAAGAGGAGAAGGAAACUGCUCCAGUGAAGCCGGCCAACAGAAGAGCGCGCGUGCCAGAGCGGGCAGUGAAGGAGGAGGAAGAGGAGGAGGAGGAGGAGGAAGAGGAGGAGGAGGAGGAGGAGGAGGAAGAGUCCGACGAGGACGAGUUUGAGGAUAAAGAGCCAGUUGAGAAGGACGUAACCGAGAAAGUGGUUAAAAAAGAGAUUAAGAAGGAGAAGAAAGAGGAGGGCCGUGACAGCAAAGAGAGGGAACCAAAGGAGAAGGAGAAGGAGAUAAAGCCUGAACCUGUGCACAGAGAGGACGAGACUCCUGCAGAGAAGGCUGUAGAGGUGAAGGCAGAAGUGCGGGAGAAGAAGGCCGACACCCCCGUGCACACGCCCUCAGGAGGAGAUGCCAUUCAUCUGUCUGAGGAGUCUGAAGAACUGGACCAGAAAACCUUCAGUGUGUGUAAGGAGCGGAUGAGGCCCGUGAAGGCAGCACUGAAGCAGCUGGACCGUCCAGAGAAGGGUCUGUCUGAGCGAGAGCAGCUGGAACACACGCGGCAGUGCCUGAUCAAAAUAGGAGAUCACAUCACCGAGUGUCUGAGAGAGUACACCAACCCCGAACAGAUCAAGCAGUGGAGGAAAAAUCUGUGGAUAUUUGUUUCGAAAUUCACUGAGUUUGAUGCCAGGAAACUGCAUAAACUGUAUAAGCACGCCAUUAAGAAACGGCAGGAAAAUGCUCAGGCAGUGGAACAGAACACUAGCACUGUAAAUACACAAAGCUUUAAACACGCAGAUGUCGAGCGCAUCAAGGAGUCGCAGCAGGACGACAGCAGCAGAGACAGCUACAGCUCUGACAGACACCACUCGUCCCGCUACCAUGAGCACAGCAAAGAGCGCCACCCUGCAGACCUGUACCGCAAGAGCUCGGACUCCCGCAAGAGGCCCUACUCCUCCUUCAGCAACGGCAAAGACCACCGCGAGCGGGAGCCGUACGCAGACAGAGCAGAGCGGCAGGACAGCAGAUACUACAGCGACAGCAAGCACCGGAAGCUGGACGAGCACCGCUCCAGCCGAGAGCACCGAUCCGAGAGCAACUCCAAGGACCGAACGCACUCCGACCACCGCUUCCACUCUGAGCACCGGCCCGGCUCCGACUACACGCAUCACAAAUCCUCCCGGGAGUACCGCUACCACUCGGACUGGCAGACGGAGCACCGGAGCGGCCCGCGCUCGCCCCGGGACCAGCGCUCGCCCUUCGAGUACUCGUCCGACCACAAGAGCACACCCGAACAGGUCUGGAGCGGCCGCAAGACAUAGCGCUCUCAACACAGCGUUCCUGAUCAGCCAUACACACACUCACACACACUCACACACACACACAGGAAAUGCCUUAGGGGACUGUUGGCCGCUGGGACUCUGGGAGUGCCGCCCUUUCCUACUCACCUCGGAGGACAUACAGAUUUACACUUAUUUUUGUAUUUAAGAGUUGGCUGCAUUCUUUCGUAGGUGCUGCAGAGUAAUUUUUUUUAAUUAUUAUUUUUAUAAAUUGACUACUUUCCUUUUUUGUUUUUGUUUGUUUUUACUUUGAAACAGACGAGUCCAUGUUUCACUCUCGUGUGCGACACUGGAUCCCGACACACACCCGUAAAUGACCGCAGCUUAUUUAAGAAGUGUUGAGUGAACGGACGCCACACCGGCGUGUCGUCUUUAUCAAGGGUUUCUGUUCUGAAGGACUGGGGUUCACCUUCCAAAGUACCUCGUUUACAGUGUUUUGUGACCAUUUUGCCAAUUUUUAUCUGUAAUUUUUCUUUCCAUCAUGCUUGAAUUAUUUAAAUCUGUCUCGGCUGUAAAAUAAUCUGGACUAUUUUUAGUGCGCAUCAGAUAAUGUCACUUUUUCACAUUGUACUACUGUAAAUUAUUGUAUAAAGUAAAUCAAAUGGGCUUUUCUCAG